CUUGUGUUAAGAUAUCAUUGAACAAAGAAUCGCGUUAAGUCAAACUUCUGUUCCACUCAACCAUUUAAGCUGUAUAUACAUUAUGGAUUUGGGAGACACUUAUGAAGAAAGUGAUAAGUUAACGAUUAUGCCUCUUGGGGCUGGUCAAGAAGUUGGAAGGUCAUGUAUACUGUUAACAUUUAAAGGGAAGAAGAUAAUUCUGGAUUGUGGUAUACAUCCUGGCUUACGCAACAGAGAAAGCCUGCCAUUCAUUGAUGCAAUCCCGGAUAUCCAAACGACAGACCUUAUUUUAAUUAGUCACUUUCAUCUUGAUCACUGUGGAGGGCUUCCACAUUUGCUUUUAAAGACUGGAGCUAAGUCAAAAUGUUACAUGACACACGCAACGAAAGCCAUUUAUCGUUAUUUGCUUGCUGACUUUGUUCGUGUUAGCAAUUCUGGUGGCCUACCGGAUCAAUUAUUGUACAGUGAUCGAGACAUAGUAGCUAGCUUAGACCAUAUUGAUACCAUAGAUUUUCACCAAGAACUUGAAGUUAACGGGAUAAAGUUUUCUGCCUAUCAUGCUGGACAUGUGUUAGGUGCAGCGAUGUUUCUAAUAGAAAUUGCUGGUGUAAAAAUUUUAUAUACUGGAGAUUUCAGCCGACAAGAAGAUAGACAUUUAAUGUGUGCUGAAAUUCCGCCUAUACGCCCAGACGUUCUGAUAACCGAAGCUACUUAUGGUAUCCAUAUCCAUGACAAACGAGAAGAAAGAGAAGCUAGGUUUACUAGCUUAGUUCACGAUAUUGUCACUCGUGGAGGGCGCUGUUUGAUUCCAGCAUUCGCACUUGGCAGAGCCCAAGAAUUAAUGUUGAUUCUUGAUGAAUAUUGGGACAAUCAUCCAGAACUGCACGACAUACCCAUUUAUUAUGCCAGUCAGCUCGCACGGAAAUGUAUGGCAGUUUACCAAACGUAUAUUUAUGCCAUGAACGAACGAAUUCGCAACCAGUUAGCAAACAACAAUCCAUUCUGUUUCCGACACAUAUCCAAUUUAAAGAGUAUUGAACAUUUUGACGAUUCUGGUCCAUGUGUGGUUAUGGCCAGUCCUGGAAUGAUGCAAUCUGGUCUUAGUCGAGAGCUAUUUGAGAAUUGGUGCACAGACAAACGUAAUGGAGUAAUUAUUGCAGGCUAUUGUGUCGAGGGUACUCUGGCGAAACAAAUUUUAUCUCUACCGACUGAAGUACCUACAAUGUCAGGUCAAAUGUUACCACUGAAAUGUUCAGUAGAUUAUAUUAGUUUCUCUGCUCAUACUGACUAUCAACAGACGAGUGCAUUUAUCAGAGAAUUAAAACCAAGCUAUGUCGUAUUAGUACACGGAGAACAAAACGAAAUGUUACGGUUAUGUGGGGCUUUACAAAGGGAGUAUGAAGAUGAUGAAACAUGUAGACUGGAAAUAUUUACACCUAAAAACUGUGUCCCGGUUAAUCUACGUUUUCGUGGUGAGAAAGUUGCUAAAAUUUUGGGCAGUCUUGCCCAUAGUGCUCCUAAAGAAGGUCAAACUAUUUCAGGAGUACUUGUAAAGAAAAAUUUCGCAUAUCAUAUUUUAACACCUGGUGAAUUACCGACAUACACUGAACUAGCUACAACUGUAGUAAAUCAAGUCAUUUCUAUUCCAUUUACUGGUAGUGCUAAUCUUUUGAAAUUUCAUUUGGCUUUACUUGCUGGUAGCGUGGAAACGGUAUCUCAAAAAUCAGAUAAUGUACAAUAUCGUGUAUUUGAUGCAAUUAAUAUUACUUGGCGACCACAACAGAUAACUAUGGAAUGGCAAUCCAAUCCUACAAGUGACAUGUAUGCGGAUGCUGUACAGAAUGUUAUUUUACGUGCUGCUAUGCAAGGAAUGCCUCCUAGAGGUUUACCUCAUCUUAUUGAGCCGAACAAAGAACAAUUUCGAUCUGCCCUCGAAGUAGCACUUCAAGAUGCAUUCGGUAUUGACUGUUUAGAAGAAGAGAUAAUUAAGCCUGAUGCUAAUCAUGUUAUAGUGCAUGUUGAUUCUCAUGUCGCUGAAGUGAAUCUAUGCGAUUUAAUAACGUAUUCAUCGCGCGAGCUAAAGGUUUUGGGUUCUAUCUACGGUGGGGUCGUGGCUUUAGAUCGUUGUGAAGUCCAUACUCAUACGGAAUAUUCGCCUGGUGCUCCUUCGUUUCCAAUGGCUUCCCACCUGAUGUCAGUAUGUGACGAAAACUGACUUACGUAUUUAUGCUUUGGCAUUCAUUGUCAAAUUUGGUUUGCAAUAAUUAUUCACGAAAAAAUAUGCUUUUUGGUCAUUUGUACAGCUUUUCUCUCAUAAAACGUCUUCAAAUUAACAAAUAUCUGUGACGGGAAUCAUUUCUCUUCAUCUACUUGUUAUUGAUCUGAUAAUUAACUAGUUGGUUAAUAAUAUUUAUCUUAAACAUAUGCUGUACAUAAGAUUUAAGCCUACGUUGUUUGAUGAAGUCUCUCGAGACGCUACAAAUAGCACCCUCUAACACCAAGUUAUGUAUAUGACGUAGUCUUUCAACGAAAAACAGUGGUAUUCUUGUCGAUCUAUUUCAAACCUGUUGUAUGGCAACUAUGUACAUCACGAUUACUGUAAUCAGUUAUUAAUAUUUAUGAUAGAACUCAUUGUAAUAGGAUUUUCUUUUAAUAUUAUAUUGUAGUCCGUCUCGUGUAAAACUAAUCCAAGAUUGGAGCAUAUUCUUCAAGUUAUGGUCAAUCGAUUAAACCACUGUAUUUCAGCUAUGUGAAUAUCACUGUGAAUUAAUUAUUUUGUAAAUUAUAAUCUUUUCCACAGAAA